CGCAGCUCCAGGCACCGCCGGGACGGCGAAGCGACCCGUAGCCCACCAUGAACUGCUGUCCUUUAGAUUGUAUGACAAUCGGGGUGUUUUUUUUUUCUCUCCUUCUUGUGUCAUUGAUGCAAAGGGGGAAGAGGGGGGGUCUUUGCUUUAGCCGCAGGAAACUAACGUUACAGAGCAGUCAUGACACUUGGAGGGCUAUUCCUUUAUCCCUGUUUCCGCCAUGCGUCUGGAGUAUGUAUAGCAGCACAGGAGUAUAUAUUCUGCUGGGAGGUGUGGCAGAGCCAGCAGUUUGACGGGUACAUGUACAUGUAGAUAUUUAUGAUUACUGUACUUGCGGGCAGAGCCAGGCUUUACCCUUUCUGCCGUGUGUGCCAUUCUUUGAUUACGUUUACAACAAAACAG